AUGUCGAGGGAUAGUGGUGGGCCAAAAAUUUUGCAAUAUCUUAUUUAUGAAAGCUUGCCAAAAACUUUAAGACCUUGUGAUGAACAAAAAUUUGAAUUAUAUCUUUUAACUGGUUCUGUGAACGCUUUAAUUGUAACAGAAGAACGCAAAAAUGAAAUAACUAUUGAACCUAAAUUUGGUUUUUUGGGGUCCUUUUUUGAUUACAUUUUUGGUGAUGAUGACGAUGACGAUGAAGAUGAUAAUGAUGAGAGCUACAAACCAAUAGAAAUAAAUUGCCAUCCUCCAUAUUGUCAUUUCAUUCCACCAUCAAAGCCAAGUACAAAGGAUGCAGACUCACCAACUUCAGAAAAACCGAUGCAAACUUCAGAAUCAGCAACAUCAGAAACUCCAGCGGGUAACGGAGAAGGAGGAGAGGCUGCUGAAAUGUGAUGAAUCACAGUAGAUACAGCAAAUGAACUUGGGCAAAUAAUUGAAUAAUAUGAAUAAAUUGAUAUUAAAUUUUUACAAAAUAUGGAGGAAUGUCAAAUAUUGUAAUACCAAAUAAAUUUAUUAUUAUUACACUUUAAA